CCUUUAAGGUCGCUGGAAUCGUUCCAGGGAAAGCAGUGAGAUGACAUGCAUGGAAUUCCAGGCUUUGUGUCUUAUAUUCAAAUGCACUCUAUAAAAGAAGCUGGCAUUCUUCUUCCAUCAUUUACUGACCUGCCAGAGCAGACGCAGACAGAAAGUCUUGGUCAACAUGGCUUCCACCUACUCCACCCGCAGCAGCUACAUGUCCUCCAGCGGCUCCACGCGUAUAUCCACGUCUAGCGUGGGAAGCAGCCGCAUGAGCACCGCGAGGGCCGGGAGUGUGUACGCCGGCGCAGGAGGUUCAGGGGUCCGCAUCUCUAAGGCCACUUACUCUGUUGGAGGUUUCAGUGCGUCAGGAUCUGCAGACAACAGCAUCAUUGGCAAUGAGAAACUCACCAUGCAGAGCCUCAAUGACCGUCUGGCUGCUUACCUGGUCAAAGUGCGCUCACUGGAGAAGGCCAACGCUGAACUGGAGCUGAAGAUCCGCCAGUUCCUAGAUGGCAAAGCCUCCCCUGUUGCUCGUGACUACAGCUCCUACUUUGUCACCAUACAGGAUCUUCAGGCUAAGAUCAUGGCAGCCAUUCACCUGAAGGGUGGCAUCCAUCUCAGCAUUGACAACACCAGCCUGGCCAUUAAUGAUUUCAAAAUGAAAUAUGAAACCGAGCUGGCCAUGCGUCAGUCAGUGGAAGCAGACAUUACCGGCCUGAAGAGGGUGCUUGGUGAGCUCAACAUCACCAGAAAAGACUUUGCCAUGCAGAUCGAAGGGCUGAAGGAGGAGCUGGUCUAUCUGAAGAAGAAUCAUGAGGAGGAUAUGUUGGCCACACGUGGACAAAUGAGUGGACAGGUUCACGUCGAGGUCGAUGCAGCUCCACAGCAAGAUCUCACCAAGAUCCUGGCAGAAAUCCGUGAGCACUACGAAGCAGUCACAGCAAAAAACCAAAGAGAUCUGGAGUACUGGUUCAAGACAAAGGCGAGAUUUAUCAAAACAUACAGGGACAGAAGCCUUUAAUGUGCUUUUCAUGACCAAAUGUUUCAAGUAAGCAAUCUCUUUCUGCUUUUUAUUUCAGACGGAAACUCUGAAACAAGAAGUUGUCACCAGCACCACAGACCUGAAAACAUCUCGCACUGAAAUCAAUACGGUCAA